CUUCCUCCGCCGCCCCCUCCUCCACUUCUCCGCCGCCCCCUCCUCCACUUCCUCCGCCGGCCCCCUCCUCCGCUGCCCCCUCCUCCGUCGACCCCCUCCAGAGCCGGCACAGAGUGCGCCGCCCGUGCACAGAGUGCGCCGCCCGUGCCGCUCCUCCGCGCGAGCAGCUUCUCGCCGGCGACCACACGCCACGCGGUGAGCCGAGGCUGUAGACAGAUCUGAGGGAAGGGAAGCAUAGGGGGGAGGAGGAGGAGCUCGGCAGCUAUCCAUUUUACUCACUGGAAGAUCGACGUGCACCACCAAUACUCCUGCCUUGCUAUUGGUUAAGGCGUUGCUGGGCGGCUUCAAGAAGGGUGCAAGGAACUGAUAUGCUGAGGCACUGAUACAUUAUAAAUGGCUAUCAUCAGCUUGAAUGUCAGAGUGUUCCUGAGGCUGUUUACUCUUAUCUGAACUUUCCUUUGCAGCGUCACCAGAUCCUGACCCAGCUCCGAAGGCCCAUUACUUAGCAGGGCGCCACUCAUGUUUUGGGCUGGGUCUGCGGGCACGACCGGCUAGGGUUUUGUUUGCAAACCCCAAUCUGAUCCCCACCACCACGCAGCCGCAGCCGCCGCCGCCGGCGAGGGGCGACCGCGGGGCGCGGUUGCCGAAGGGAUGGCGAACCGCACGGACCCCCUCGCGAAGAGCAUCCACGGGACGAACCCGCAGAACCUGGUGGAGAAGAUUGUGCGCUCCAAGAUCUACCAGAGCACCUACUGGAAGGAGCAGUGCUUCGGCCUCACCGCCGAGACGUUGGUCGACAAGGCUAUGGAGCUCGACCACACCGGCGGGACCUACGGCGGCAACCGCAAGCCCACCCCGUUCCUCUGCCUCGCGCUCAAGAUGCUGCAGAUCCAGCCCGACAAGGACAUCGUCGUCGAGUUCAUCAAGAACGAGGAUUACAAGUAUGUUCGCGUUCUGGGGGCCUUCUACCUGCGCCUCACCGGCACCGUUGCUGAUGUCUACCAGUAUCUGGAGCCACUCUACAACGACUACCGCAAGCUCAGGCAUAAGCUCAGCGAUGGACAGUUUGCACUUACCCAUGUUGAUGAGUUCAUCGAUGAGUUGCUGACCAAGGACUACUCCUGUGAUACAGCCCUCCCCCGUAUUCAGAAAAGAUGGGUUCUUGAAGCGUCUGGAACUCUAGAACCAAGAAGAAGUGCGCUUGAGGAUGAUUUUGAGGAAGAAGAGGAAGACAAGGAGGAACAACCUAUGGAAAUUGACCAGCCUAAUGGCCAUGAGAAGGAUAAUCAUCGUGGAAGAAGCCCUGCAAGGGACCGGGACCGGGACCGGGACCGGGACCGGGACCGGGACCGGGACCGGGACCGGAAACACGAAAGGCAUCACAGGGACCGAGAUCAUGAUAGAGAUCGGGAUUACGAUAGGGACUAUGGGAGAGGACGGGACAGAGACCGAGAUAGAGAUCGUGAAAGGGACAGAAACAGGGAUAGGGAUCGCGACCGUCACCGUCUGCGAGACGAUGACUACAGCCGAGACAGGGACCGAGACCGUGAGAGGGAUGGUAGGGAAAGGGAACGCCGGGACAGAGACCGUGGCAGGCACAGGAGCCGCUCAAGGAGCAGGGAUCGGCGAGACAGAGACCGUGAAGAUGGAGAGUACCGCAGGAGGCGUGAUCGUGGCAGUGUGAGUCCUCGAGGACGUGGUGAGGAUGGCGCCACAAGGGAGGAACCGAAGAGGAAGAAGGAAAAGAAAGAGAAGAAGGGAGAACCAAAUGCUCCGGAUCCAAAUGAUCCUGAGAUCAUAGAAAUGAACAAGCUCCGGGCCUCACUAGGGUUGAAACCGCUGAAGUAGAUUUCUUGCUGUAGUGUAUUAAUACGAAGCUUGUCAGCUGUGAUAGUUUGAACUGGAAAUGCUGAGCUGUGGAUAUGCAUCCAACAUUUUUUUCUGGCUUCCUCAGCUUCGUGUAGCUACCUAUUAAUUUUAAUGUAACGAUAUCAUUUGAUUGUUUAGUUGUC